CGUCCUGGAGGCCGCGCGCUUCACGAGUUCGGCGUAAGCGUCGGUCACGCGCACGCACGCGCACGUUGCCGAGAACCCGGAAGUGUGAGGGAGAGGCGAACCACGUGGGUGGAGCUGGCGCGCAGCUCGCAUGGGGGAAUCUAUCCCGCUGGCCGCCCCGGUCCCGGUGGAACAAGCCGUGCUGGAGACCUUCUUCUCUCACCUGGGUAUCUUCUCUUACGACAAGGCCAAGGACAAUGUGGACAAGGAACGAGAGGCCAGCAAGAGCGCGGGGGGCAGCUGGCUGUCGCUGCUGGCGGCCUUGGCCCACCUGGCUGCGGCCGAGAAGGUCUAUCACAGCCUCACCUACUUGGGGCAGAAACUAGGGGGCCAGUCCUUCUUUAGCAGGAAGGACUCCGUCCGAACUAUCUAUACGUCCCUGCAUAAUGAGCUGAAGAAAGUGGUGACUGGCCGUGGGGCCCUGGGUGGAACUGUACCUCAUGUAGAAGAACUCCUGUCUCACCUGUCAGAGCAGCUCUGCUUCUUUGUUCAGGCUCGGACGGAGAUUGCAGACUUCUAUGAAAAGAUGUAUACUCUCAGCACCCAAAAGUUUAUCAAUGCUGAAGAGCUUGUUGGCCUUUUAGACACCAUCCUCAAGAAAUACAGCUCCAGAUUUCACCACCCCAUCCUCAGUCCUUUGGAAAGCAGUUUCCAGCUGGAAGUUGAUGUCUUGAGUCAUCUUCUAAAGGCCCAAGCUCAGAUCUCAGAGUGGAAGUUCCUCCCGUCUCUGGUUAACUUACACAGUGCUCACACUAAACUGCAGACCUGGGGUCAAAUUUUUGAAAAGCAGCGGGAGACCAAGAAACAUCUGUUCGGAGGACAAUCUCAGAAGGCUGUUCAACCCCCACACCUUUUCCUUUGGCUGAUGAAACUCAAAAACAUGCUACUUGCCAAAUUUAGCUUUUACUUUCAUGAAGCGCUGAGCAGACAAACGACUACUUCAGAAAUGAAGACAUUGACUGCUAAAGCCAACCCAGACCUUUUUGGAAAGAUUUCCAGCUUCAUCAGGAAAUAUGAUGCCGCCAAUGUGUCCUUAAUCUUUGACAACCGAGGUUCCGAGAGCUUUCAGGGUCACGGCUAUCACCACCCACAUUCCUACAGAGAGGCUCCUAAGGGUGUGGACCAGUACCCAGCUGUGGUGUCUCUGCCCAGUGACAGACCUGUCAUGCACUGGCCCAAUGUCAUCAUGAUCAUGACGGACCGAACAUCUGACCUAAACAGCCUGGAGAAAGUGGUCCACUUCUAUGAUGAUAAAGUUCAAAGCACCUACUUCUUAACCCGCCCGGAACCCCACUUUACUGUUGUCGUCAUUUUUGAGUCAAAGAAAUCGGAGAGAGACUCCCACUUUAUUUCCUUCCUCAAUGAGAUCUCACUUGCCCUUAAGAACCCCAAGGUUUUUGCAAGUCUGAAACCUGGAUCUAAAGGUUAACUGGUGAUUUGUGUGAAAGAUUCUCAAGACUGGAAAUUCUUUUCUCACUUGCUCUAAUGGCCUAUAGUGAUUUGCAAUAGCAUUUUCAGUCCUUUUUCAGAGCUAAACUAAAAAACAAUUCUAACUGUGCUACACACUGAACAAUUAAGAAUAAAUGUAUCUAGAGAGCAAUCUAGGAAGUGAUCAUGGCUACUGUAUAUCUCUGUGUUUUAGCAAAGUAUUUUCUCCUGCUUUCCUGUAUUUCAUGUAGACAAUAUUUAUUGGACUUUGAUCUUUCUUUCAAGAUGCUUUAUAUUAUUCUAAAUAUUGUGUUCUAAUGCAGUUCUAAACACAGUCUUUUCUUCCCCCUUGUCCUGGUUGAGUAAUUGGGAUGAGAUAUUAAAUGACCUUUUUAGAACUAAGAAUUGUAUGAUUCCUGUCUCAGAAAAUACCACAUUAACAAAGUUGUUAGUUUUAUUAUUAUGAUUAUAAAUCAGUAGUUUUGAUGCCCAAAUUAAGCUCUUGGUGAGAAAUUUCUAGUAUUACAGGAUUAGAAGGUGGACGAGAGUGGUGGCUUAACAUUAAUCAGUCUGGAAAGUACUCAGAAAGCUUUUCUGUUCUUUUGGAAUAAUCUACACAUCUAACUGCUUUUGUUUUAACUCUACAAAGUUUGGUCUUUCCCAUAAUAUUUCAGAGACAGCAUAGGCCAUUACGUGGUGUUUCUUCAUUCUUCAGCAUAUUAUAUGAUUGGCUUUCUGUGUAUCACCUUCCUGCUGAAAUGUAUGUUAAUGUUUGGUUCCACUUCCUGGUUAUUUUCAAGCUGAGAAAGCAUGCAGUCUUAGCUUGUCAGACACUUUAAAAUAUUCACUCAUGUUAGCCUACUUUUGUAAAAUCAGAAUGAGUUCCUUGUACUUGCUUAAAAAAAUCAAUUGUACAUUCAAAAGACUUCUUCAUAGUUGAGUAAUCAAUUCAGUACUUAAGCACGUCUGAACUUGGGUUUCAUUCCUGUCUUCAAAUUAUUUUUAUAAGCAGUGACAUAUCUCAGCACAUGCUGCCUUAACACUCUUCUUCAGUUGGUGUUCAAGUACAUACAUCAGAAAAGGCAUAAUGGACUGUGCAGACCUUCACUUCUAGACUAUUGAUUCAGAAUGAGAAAUAAGCCACCAAGAGUAAUUGAGCUGUUAGUAUUUGAGAGCUCCUUCAAAGCUUGUGUGCAACAUCAUGGUCAAGUAGUUCAUAGUUUCUCUGUGACUGCAUGGAUUCACAGAAUGGGUGGCCACAGCUGGUGCACUGGCAGCGUUUGCAUAGACCAGAGGGCUGCCCACCCCCAUUCUGUGUCUGUGUGGGAGGCCUACUCACCUUAGUCUGGACUCCCUAGGGGAAGAACCCAGUGGUCUAUUUUCUGGGGAAGAACAUGUGUUUUAUUUUUUUCUCUCUUUAAAAAAAUAUUUAUUAUUUAUUCCCUUUUGUUGCCCUUGUUGUUGCAUCCUUGUUGUGGUUAUUGUUGAUGUCAUUCGUUGUUGGAUAAGACAGAGAGAAAUGGAAAGAGGAGGGGAAAACAGAGGGGGAAAGAAAGAUAGACACCUGCAGACCUACUUCACUGCUUGUGAAGCAACUCCCCUGCAGGUGGGGAGCUGGGAGCUCGAACCCGGAACCUUACUCCGGUCCUUGCGCUUUGUUCCACCUGCACUUAACCCGCUGUGCUACCGCCCGACUCCCGUUAUUUUUCUUUCUUAAAUAAUGAUUUGUAAAAAGCCAGUUCACUUUAAAAUUUUUAUACACUCAGGUUCUAUAAAACUCAACAGACUUUACAACAUCAACCUUACAUAAAGAUCGAAAACAGUUGGAACAAAAAAGUCAAAUAAUUUCCCCUCCCUUUUGUGUUUUGCCAAGAUGCUGAAAAAUCUUUGGUGUGCAUUUUUUUUCUCCCCUUGUAUGAAACCACCACUAGCCUUAACAAGAGGGUUUCCCAUUUAUCUAAAAGAAAAAUAUGCUUUAGUGGGAUAUAAAGAAUAAUGUAAAUAAAACAUAUAUACAAUAUCUAGAGAACCUCUCCUUGCCCAGAGUAUAUUUGAAGUGUAUAUUUAGCUUUGAACACAUUUUAAUUUAAGCCAAGAAAAAGUGUCGCUUUACUCUGAUGUAUGUACUCUAAAAUCAGUAAUGGAAUGAUCUUUAGAGUCCAUGUUUUGCUAAUAGGAAGGAUGAAAGCUACAUAUUUUCCAUAGACUGCCUACUUUGAAGUUUGUUUCUAAACCACAGUUUGAUCAUUUUUUGAGUGUAACCUGGAGUGUCAUCAACAGUUCACUGAGUUUGCCAGCAAGUCCAUCCAAGAGCAUUUCAUAUAAGCAUGUUGUCUGGAUACAGGGUGAUUGUUUACAGCUUUGUCCUCUCUUGGGUCCAACUGCUAUCUGACUAUGUCAUUUUAGGGAGUGUGUGGAAAUAAAACAUAAUUCUUAACUCUGGAGCCAA